UGGGCAGCACUGCUGCUAAUCACUAGCUGGCCUGCCUCUAAAUGGUAUACAUAUAACACCUGGGAUCCAAGCAGCUCUACAAGACGCUUGUGUUAAUAUUUGUUGUUGCUGAUUGUGCUUGCUGUAACUCGAAGAUGGUGUCUCAGGUGUGCCAGAACUACCAUACUGACUGCCAAGCUGCUAUAAACCGAAUGAUUAACCUGGAGCUCUAUGCUAGCUAUGUCUACCUGUCCAUGUCCUACCACUUUGACCGUGAUGAUGUUUCCCUGCAUCACAUGGCCAAGUUCCUGAAAGAGCAAUCCCAGGAAGAGAGGAAGCAUGCGGAGAAGUUCCUGCAGUACCAGAACAAACGGGGAGGACGCAUCCUGCUGAAGGACAUCAAGAAGCCAGAGAAGGAUGAGUGGGGAAGCAGCGUGGAUGCCCUGCAGUCUGCCCUGGAGCUGGAGAAGGUGGUGAACCAGGCCUUGCUGGAUCUGCACAAGCUCGCAACAGAGAAGGGAGACCCUCAUCUGUGUGACUUCCUGGAGACGGAAUACCUGGAAGAGCAGGUGAAGGCCAUCAAGCUGCUUGGAGACCACCUCACGAACCUGAGGCGCCUGGGGGUGCCCCAGAAUGGCACGGGAGAUUACCUCUUUGACAAGCUCACUUUGGGAGAGAGCAGCUGUGCAGCAUCUUAAAAUGUGAUAGCAUAUGAUGGUGUUAAAAAAAUAAAUUAUUGUCCUAAAUGCAAA